UCGGCCGCUGUCCGCCGAGCCGCGCAGGUGUGUGUCUCGUCUCUGCGCAGGUCAGUGCGUCGUAGCUGUCGCCGAUACUUCAACUGGUGAUUUUUUCAAUCAGUCUGAACAUCUCCGCAGGUCUAGCUCCAGCUCUGGCAUGGUGACGGUGGAGUACACGAGGAGACGCAUCUCGCUCAGUCGAGCCGUGAUAGCGGUCCUGUUCUUCAGGAUGAUGGACACGGGCAUACGACUGUUCCGGCCGGACAUCGUGGCGGAGAAGGAGCGACCGCGCGACGUCGAGGCCAUGGGGCGACAGCUGAGGGACUGGUACGACUUCGUGGUGGUGGGCGCGGGCUCCUCCGGGGCCGUGGUGGCCAACCGGCUGUCGGAGGUCCCCGGCUGGUCGGUGCUGCUCGUCGAGGCUGGGGGCGACGAGACGCUCAUCGGGGACGUGCCGCUCAUGAUGGCCUCCUACCAGAGGACCUCCACGGACUGGCGGUACAGGACGGAGGCCGACCCAGGCUUCUGCCGGGCCAUGCUCGACGGCCGGUGCCUCUGGCCCAGGGGGAAGGUGCUCGGGGGAACCAGCGCCAUCAACGGCAUGCUGUACGUCCGCGGCAACCGCAGGGACUACGACAACUGGCAGCGCCUGGGCAACGAGGGCUGGGCCUACGACGACGUCCUCCCGUACUUCAAGAAGUCCGAGGACAUGAAGGUCGAAACCCUCAAGGACUCUGCCUACCAUGGCACGGGCGGGUACCUGUCGGUCGAGCUGUACCGCCAUUACAACAAGUUGCUGGACGUCCUGGUGCAGGGCAUCAAGGAGCUAGGCUUCAAGAUGCUCGACGUGAAUGGCGAGAGACAGGAUGGGUUCAUGUACAGUUAUGGUACCUUGAGGAACGGAUUGCGGUGUAGUUCUUCUAAGGCGUUUAUCUGGCCCGCCAAAGAUCGUCCCAAUCUCGAUGUUACCAUGAAGUCGCAAGUGGCGCGAGUGACCAUUGAUCCGAGCUCGAAGAGAGUUCAAGAAGUGGUUUUUACUAAAAACGGAAGAGAGCAUACCGUAUCCGUGCGCAAGGAAGUUAUACUUUCUGCUGGUGCCAUCAACACACCCCAGAUCUUAAUGUUAUCUGGUGUUGGGCCUCGUAGUCAUCUCCAAUCUGUGGGAAUAUCUCCGGUCAUAUCAGAUCUGGAAGUGGGCCGUAAUCUUCAAGACCACAUUUGUCUCGGUGGACUGGUGUACACGGUGGAUGCCAAGAUCGGUCUCACAAUGCCCCGUAUUUCAGAAGUUUCUUCCAUCACGGACUUUCUGUUUCACAACAAAGGGGUCAGUAUGGCCAUGGGUGUAGCUCAAGUGUUCGGCUUCCAGAGCUCAUCUUACGCAAACAGUUCCGAAUAUCCCGAUGUCGGGUAUUACUUGUCCCCUGUUACAGACAACGCUGACGGCGGAGUGUUCCUCAAACGCAUCUCCGGGUACACCGAUGAGUUCUACAACAAGGUGUAUGAGCCGAUCAUCUAUCGCGACUCGUACCUCUCGUUCGGAUGUCUGAUGAGGCCCAAAAGCAGGGGACACGUGAUGCUGAGGGACAGGAACUUCUUGUCGCACCCGCUCAUACACCCCAAGUUCUUGUCCGAGCCACGGGAUGUGAAGAUCUUGGUGGAGGCAGGGCGGUUCAGCCAGAGGCUGAGCCAGACGACUCCCUUGAGGAAGAUCGGCGCCAGGGUGAACCCCAACAAGUUCCCCGGCUGCGAGCACCUGGAGAUGUUGUCCGACGAGUACCUGGAGUGUGCGCUGCGCGCGUACACCUUCACGCUGUGGCACCCGGCGGGCACGUGCAGGAUGGGCCCCGCCACCGACCCAGACGCCGUGGUCGACCCCAGACUGAGGGUGUACGGCGUGCGGGGGCUCAGGGUGGCCGAUGCCUCCAUCAUGCCGGACAUCGUCAGCGGCAACCUGAACGUUCCCUGCAUCAUGAUCGGCGAGAAGGUGUCCGACAUGAUCAAGGAGGACUGGAGGGAGGCGUAGUGUGUCAUCCCACAUUCAGCUGUCAUUUCUCACAGCAGUGGACAUUUGUUCUGGGGUGUUCACAAAGUUUGUGUGUCAUUUCCUAGAUGAAACUCUCAUUGGAUGUAAUAUUUAUAGACUCAGCAGUUAAAAUAUAUUGACUCUUUACGUGGUCAAUCUUAAAGUGCACAAGUGUUUUUUUUAUUAAUUUAUUGCAGAUCUUAUACUUGUAAGUUCAAUAUUAUGUUCAGGUUACAGAGCAGUGUAUCAUUCUUAUGUGCCAAUUUCCUAGUCAUAUAUUUGGGCUAUGUUUAGACCAUUGGAAAUCUUACUUCUUUCGAUGUAAAGUGUAAUUUUAGUCAUGUAUAAAUAUGUAAAAUUUUGUAGCAAUCUCUUAUUUUCAUAUAAAUGAUCAGCCUUGGCUGUAGUUCAGCAUU